AAACCACAAAAAGCAAAACAAACAAAACAAUUGAGAAACAAUCACGAGUAAAAUGCAAAUUUUCAUCCAGUUGGCAUGCAUUCAUUUUUAAACUAAUAACAGAAAAAGUCACACAACAGCAACACUUAAAAUACAACUUUAAUUUUAAGCCAAUAAUAAAAAACGAAAACAAAGAAAUAAAACAUAACGAAAACAAAAUUAAUAAGCGCAAAAUAAAGGUAACAAAAGCGUAAAGUCGAAAAUGGAAGGAAAAAUACAGCAAUUCAUUUAAAUUUAAUACGAAUAAAAACGAGUAAACCAGGAACCGAAAUAAACAAACAGAAUGAAAGGCCGAAAUAAAGCUAAACAAAAACUAUUUAAAGUGAGAAAAGGGAAUGUUAGUUAAGCGACAAUUCAAAACGAAUUCUUAAGCUUAAAUUUGUAUGUAUGUAAGUGUAUUGUUCAAAGACUAACACAAACACACUCACUCACAUUCUUGCCCUCAUCGAAGCCAACGCUACCGGACACACAAACGAGAGAUCUUUUAUUUAUCUCACCGUCUCCUUGCUCUCAUCGCACACAUCUAUCUUUUGACAUAAUUAAAUUUCAAAUCGAACGGUAUUUUCGUUAACUUGUAGUCUUUCGAUAAGUGAGUUUCGUUUUACGUUUUCCAUUCGCAAUCGCAAACAUUUUUUCACAUCAUCUCUUAACAUUGCGCAACAAGAGAAACAUAUUAAUAAUAAUAGAAAAGUAUUUGUAGUUGCUAAAAUACAAGAAAAACGAAAACGAUAAAGAAAAAAAUCAACAGUACAUAUAUAUAUAAAUUUAUAUAUAUUGUAUACAUAUAUACUUGUAUAUUUUCUAUGCCUACCACUUAUGUAAUUUGUAGAGAUUUCAAAUUUUUCAACCCGAAAAUCCCCGAAUUUAAAAAGUCCUCAAUUCGGCAUAUAAAACAGAAAAUUCUCUCCCCCCCCCCAUUUUCCACCAAUGACAGAAACUGAACUGAAGGCGCGCAACACAGACGAGAAAUAUUUAAUUUAGCUUAAAGUCUAAGAACCGACGAAAUACCCCAAUAGCAGAACGAACACCUUUCAUUUAGCGUGUUAACGAAUGACAACAAAAAGGGAACAUUUCUGCACGAGUUUCUUUAACACAUCCUGCCUUCGUGUGCUCCUCUUUUCGAUAAAGGAGGCGAGUAAACAAGAUGACAGACGAGGAACAAUUCGCAGGCGCUGAAGAGACCCGUGCUGAAAGUUAAUAAAGCAUAAAUCAGCAGCAGCAACAAUAACCGCAACGACAACCGCGCAACAUUCUUGAACAGAACAACAACAGCAAUACAAAAAACAAAAAAAAAAAAAAAGGAAACAGCAGCAAAAAACUGACAUUCGUAUUCAUUUCAAAUAAAAAUCAUAAAAAACAAAAACAAACAAUUGGGAAUCUCAAUUUAUUAUUAAUUGAGUUUCGGGUGGGGUCGGUAGAGGAGGGAAGCCAAAAAUAGCGAAAGAUAUGGAAUAGAGGGAAAUUUAUACACUUUUCAAUCAUAGAUACUUCAAUUCCACUGAUUAGUUUACUAUAUAUAAAUGGACAAUAAAACUGAAUCACAGAAGGCUUUUAUGCAUACUUUCAUUGAUUUGAUUUCAUAAUAGUUAUAAAUUUAUAAUCUCUUUUAUAUGAUCAUCAAACAGUGAAUCCCGUUUUAUGCACAUGUCUACUUACAUAUAUUUAUGGAGUAAUGCUUAUUACUUAGUUGCGUUUCAAGACAUUGAUUUUGAUUUCAGUGAGACUGAACUGAUGGGAUAAAUUCCAAGAAAAGAUAGUAAUGUCCUUUAAUUAUUGCCUAGUUAAAUCUCUCAAAAAGUAUGCAACGAAAAAAAAAAACAAUUUCGAAACCAAAAUAAGUAAAUACCACCAUUUAACGUAUUUAAUGCAACAGCACCCCUAUGCUGUGCUUUAAGGUAAAAAUAAAUGCAGUUUCUUUUGAUAGUUACCAAUACAAAAUACUGAGCGAAACCACAAUCACGACUAACGGCACUUCUGCGUCAACUAAAGGUGUCCACUUAAGCUCAAUGUCAUUUUGCCAGCACACUUUCGCAUUGGCCAGAAGCAACCACAAAAAGUGGGUCUAGUGGUCGGUCUAUUGUCUUUCCCCAAGCAGAUGCGCACUAUGAAAAGCCUUACACAAAUGCUUAGACAUAUCUAUAUUUGAAAAUCAGUCGAGAAAGAAAUUGUAAGAGGCAAUGCAGAGCCGAACCAGGGUUUAGUUGCAAAACGUUGCUCGAGAGUCUCGGAAAUGGCACUGCAGCUGCAAAUUGAGAAGCUUAAAGGUUUGGACAACUACAAGGCCUGGUCGAUGACGGUGCGGGCAUAUCUGGAGUCCGAGGAACUCUGGUCGGUGGUGGAGAAUGGUCCAGAGAACAACGAGGAGUCUCUGCUUAAGGACAAGCGUGCCAAGUUCUUGAUUCUUUGUCUAAUCGAAACUAAAUUGUGUCAGUUCAUGGUCAGCAUCCGGACGGCCAGGGAUCUCUGGACUUAUCUGCGCACCCAGCACUCAUUACGCUAAAAGAAACUGUUUCAGUUACACUCUAAUUUAUUAUUGUAUAAAUAUAUACGAGUUACAAGUUAGCAUUGGCUCAGCGCACAUUCCCUA